GGAAAAACGACACGCCUCACAUGAAUAAUGAAAAUUUGUCCUUCCCAAAUAAACUGGAGUUAGUGAAACUCAUCAUAGAAUUCUUUAUCAUACGGUUGUCUAGUUGUAAAAUCUGUUCGGGUCCGUUUAGUUUAAACAAUCGUGAAUUCUUGUGAAUAAAGUACUUUAGAUAUAAUUAUGUGCGUGUUUUUAUAUUAGUCGUUUCAUAAUUCAUUAAUUUGUAAUUCAUAGUUAGUUUUGGAUCGGUGCUAAUAUGUGCAUAUACAUACAAACAUACAUGUGAAAGGUGCCGUUGUUUACGAGUCAACGGUGUGAGAAAGAAAAUCGAAUGAUAAAUAAUAUGUUCCAUCUUUAUUAAGAAAAUAGUAUUUAAAAGUUUUAAGAAAGAAAAUUAUAACAAGUUCCUCAAAUUUCUAUUCGCUAAUAUCUUGUCCUGCAUAUUUAUAUGCGGGAUAUAAAUAGAUUCAAAACCAGUGCUUCAAAAUUUAUUCGCCGACGACUUUUGACGCCUCUCGGGCGUUUAAGCUCGAGGAGGAUUUUGUAGGGAGUUGUGUAACAAUGUCGAUGUAUUCAACGACGGAUAAAAUGAAAAUGUCUGCUCCUACCUGCUUUCCUGGUCGAUACAGCCCGACUUACAGAGGUCCGGAUCAAAUGAGGAGAUGUAUGCCGAAUCCUUCU